GCCCGCCGCCGAGCGGCCGCCGCAGCGGAGCCUUGCUGCGGAGCCGGCCGCGCAGGAGUCGCCGCUCAGGAUCUUCCAGCGGAUGAAGGCGCGGGCGGAGCGGCAGCGCGCUGUCGCCCCCGACGUGAUCCUGAGCCCCGCGGCCCCGCAGCACCGCAGCGCCCAGCCCGGAGCAGAGCCAAUUUUGCCUCAUGUUCCCAGGGAAGAGCCCCCAGCAGAGCCUCCCGUGCUGGAAACCCCCCAGAAGUUCUUCCUGCGGGUGAAGUGGCAGCUGCUGCAGCAGCAACAAGCUAGAACACCUUCAACCCAAACCCAGCAGAAUGUUCCUCCUCCCACAACUGCAGAGAAUCCUUCAGGGCAGCCUGCUGGUGCUGAGCAGCCAGGGAAUGAGCCUGCACAGGAUGUGGACUCUGAUAAGGAUGAUGUGGAUGUUUUCCUGGUGGAAUCUAUAGAAGUAGAUGCUGAUGGAGAAAUGUCUCGAAGUGCAGUGUCUACUCCUUUGCAAGUGAACUCCACCCCUUUGAAAAACGGGGAUUGGGCGAGAGGAAGGUGGGGAAAUGGAGAACAUAGAGAGCUUCAUGAAGACAGGAGAGAGCUGCAGCCCAGCAAAAAACCAGCUGCUCCAGCAGUGGAAAAGGCACCCGAGGCUAAUCCUGAAAAGUCCCCCCAGCGCUUCUGUAGCAUCAUGCUCUGCUCUCCAGUCCAAAUCCCAAGGAAGCAGAAGCUGGCAGAAGAACCCAAGGCCCCUUUGGAUAAACCUCCUACUGAUCAACCUGCUGGCAAAGCACACAAAGAGAAAAACAUCUGCCUGAACAGUUGGAGGAUUAAAGUGCUGCCUGGAAACAUGGCAAUCUGUGUGGAUGGGAAAAGGAAGGACACGAACCAGCUGUGGCACAGCAGCGCCGUCACCGAGCGCAUCACUCACAACCAGGUGCAGACCUCCUCGGGAACUGUCUACCUGCUGCAGGGCAAGAUAGACACAGCUGCCAUGAGGAAGGAGGGGUUCCCCUACCGCUUCAUCAAGAAGUUCACCUUUGGCUUCAACAGAAGGUGGAAGGAGUACGUGGAGGAGUUUCUUGAGGAAAGGAGGAGGAAAGAAGGAGUUCAAGAUAGUUGUGGGGAGGAAAACGAGAAGAGUGACUCCAUGGGGGGAACUGAUGUGUUGGAGACCACAGAAAGCUCAGCAAGCAGUGCAAAGAGACCUGCACUGAGAAACUCCACCUAUGAGGUAUCACCAGGGAAUGAUGAGAACAUCUCCAUAACACCAAAUUACAGCUCCAGGAAUGACUCCGACAGGGUCUACACUCGCAGCGGGCGCCUCAUCAAACCCCCCCUGAACUUCUGGUGUGGGCAGAGGGAGUUUGUGGAUCAGAACCUGAAUGUCACCAUAGAAAAGGGAGGGGUGGAUUAUCUCAGCCUGAUGCUUAGUAGUGAAAAACCCCCAAAAAAGACCAGUUCCAUCUCCAAGAAGAAUAAACAAAAGGAAGACAUGAAGACAACAGAGGAAAUGCCAAAAAGCCAAAGUAAAGGGAAAGGCAGCAAGAGGGGAGCCACGUCCAGGGGACACCCCAGAUCUGCCGGCAGCAGGAAGGGACGGCGCUUCCCUUCGGAUGAGAACGAUCCUGGAAUCAGGAGCACACAAACGAAAUCCCAGCUCCCUGCCAGGGCGGCUUCCUCAAACACCAGGGGGCUGAACCAAGGCAGCAGCAGAGCCCCGGAGGCAGCAAAGAGAGCAGCAGGCUCUGGAGAGCCGAGCACGUACAAGCAGGGCUACAGGUACUCCCUCAGGUCAGCCAGGCAGCGCCUCCCGGGAAAGGAGAGGAUUCUCCUCACCGAGGAACCCUCAGAGGAUGAGGAGGAGCACUCACCCAGUGAGGGCAGUGAGCAGUCCAGUGAGCGCAUUCCACUGGUGAUCAAGAGGAAAAACACGUCUGGAUUAAAACCAGGGUCUCGAAGGUGGAAAACUUGCUCUGGCCCCAGAGGUUCCUGGGACAAUGCAAGCAAUUCCCGUGGCCAAAGGACAGGAAAGGCCUCCUGGAACGGGCUGGUGAGGCUGAGAGAGACCGAGUCCAGCGAUGAGUCUUCUGAGUCCUCUUCUGAGGGGAUAACAUCCUCUGAGUCCAGUGCUUCCCUCCUGCCUGCUCAACCCAGGAGGGCACAGGACAGAGCCAACCAGACCAGGCUGGUCGAUUCCAGCACCGAGCCCGAAAUCCAGGAGGAAAUUCACAGCAAGGACAGGAAUGCCAGAGUACCCCAGAUGAAAACAAGCCAUGGAGUCUCCAACAGUGCCAGGGAUUCAGCAGCAAAACUGAGAGAGGCAAAAGGGCAGAAAUCUCUGGAACUUUUUCCAAGGGCAGCUGAUGAUUGGUCUGAGAGGGAAUUACAGAACCUUCACAGGUUUGACAAGAGGGAGCCAGUGAUCACUGCCAAGGUGGGCACCCUCAAGCGGAAGCAGCAGAUGAGGGAGUACAUGGACCAUCUGGCCAAGGACAACCACGACGACAUCUUCGUUACGACGCCCUUCCAGAAGAGGAAGGUCCAGCUGCCAGCACUGCGAGGGAACCAGGACGGGGACACCAAGGAUCUCACCCUCUCAGAGCUCCCGCUCACCCCCUCCUCAGGCCUCUUUCCCCCUGUGAAAACCCCACAGUGUGAGCACAUCAGCCCAGGAAUGCUGGUCCCCAUCAACAGGAACGACUACGACCGGCACGUGUUCCGCAUGCAGAAGAACAUGCAGGGCACCCGAGGCACCUGGGACAAGGUCAAGAAGAAGUCGGCCACAGCUGCACAUGAGACACCACCUUCCUGCAGAACCAAGAGAGUGACCCCGGCCCCAGUGGUGGGGAAGCUCUUUGUGACCGAGAGUCCAGAGUCGUCCAGUGAGGAGAAGGAUUCCUACUUUUCCAUGUGAUGGAUUCUGUGGAUGUGUUGUUCACUGGCACAGGGCCUCCUGCUGCCCCUCUGGGAAGGAAUGCUGGAAUGAUUUCAGUUUGGAAAAGUUGCCCUGCUCUGGUUUUAUGUUUUACCUCCAUUCCCACCCUGCCAGCAAUGCUUGACUUUUCCAUGUGUACAAAGUAGCAUUUCCUUGUCCAGGCUCCUCCUCUCCGUGUCCUGCUUCUCCUGGGAAGGAGAAAUGUACAUAGAAACCAAUGACUGCCAAGUUCUGAUACAUUUCAAGCUAAAGAAGUGGCUUCUAGGAUAUGACUGUAUAAUAAAUUCAGGAGCAGUCCAGAAGGAACUGAAAUUGCUUUUUAAUUUACUCUAGGGGCAGCUUGAUUUUUUAAAUUUCCUUAGUGUAAUAAACAAGGAGAAGCUUUUUACUCACA